AUGACGAGCUGGGCGGACAUUCAAAAAUUGGCAUCCGAUUUGCAAAGAGUCCAGCUCUCGCAAUCAUCGAAAAAGUUAGUUUUUAAAGGAAAAGGCCGGCUCAGGCUUAUCGGACUUUUGACCGACUUGCAAGGCCCCGAUCGGGCCCAAACUUUGCAGGCUUCUUGGGAUUGGAUUGAAGUAUAUUGGGCCCGAGUUUCAGACCGAUCCGAUCAACUGGUCCCGAGAUAUAUUGGUUUUUGCGAAAAUUGCGAUCUUUUCGGGGCCGGAUGAUCCGAUCGAUCUGAAACUCGGACCCAAUAUACUGCAAUCCAAGUUGAAAAUGCCUGCAAAGUUUGGGCCCGAUCGGAUCAUUGCAAGUGGGUCAAAGGUCGCCUCGGCAGGCCCUCAAAAAGCCUGGACGGCGUUUUGCCCAGCCUUAAAAGCAUUCGAAUCGUUUUGCAGACUAUCCGAAGUGAAUUGCGUGGAAGUGCUCCAAAAAUUGAUUGCCUCUCAGCAAAUCGAAGUGGUUUUCACGCGAGACGGACAUUCGUACGUCACCAAAAAACAUUUGGAGACUGAGGUGAUUGUCUAGAAUUUAAAAGUUGAAAAAAAGAAUGUUUAUGCACAAAAUUGCGUAACAGAUCAAAGUUUGGUGUUUUUCUGGAAAAGUCCAUUGUGAAAUGGCACGUUGAACGGCAGCCACCACUCUUUUCCACGUGGCUUAUCGUCCGUCGGCGGAUUAAGACUUUCGUGCUGAAAUUCCAAAUGAUUAGCGAUUCUCCACUCAAAAUUACCGAUUUCUCUACAUUUCUCACGCCAGAAAUGCUUUUAGACGGCUGCGAAUGAAUAAGCAAUGUCGGAUUCGGAUGCGGCAUUUUUUUAGACGAAAACAAUCAAAAAUGACUAUUAUUCGUCCGCCAAAUCCCGCCCCCCUUCAAUUUUACGCCCUUGUUGACGGAGAAAAACGCACAAAGUUGCACUUUUGUUGUUUCUCACUUUUUGCACGUACAGAAAGUGCUGGAACGUCAGGAAAACAUGUGAUUUUGCGGAACGUUUAUUUGAAAAGAUCACAUUUGAAAUGUCAGAUAAAAAACGAGUGCAUCGGUGCGGGCGGGCGUGCGCCAUUGACGGACAUCGCCGUCGCCCUCAACAUCGAUUUCGAUCACAUCGAACGGACCGCCCGUCUCAUUGUGGCCAACGACGACGAGUUCACGCUCUCCAACGCCGAACUAUUCGCCACGUAAGUGAAAGGAUCUCGAAAAAGCACUCCGCGAAAUGUUUGCAAGUUUUGCAGUGAAUACGUGCACCGCCUACGCAAUGAACUGCGCGAGCUGCUCGAGGAGCACGGAUACCAGACGACUUCGGCCCUCUGCAAGCACUGGAAUCUCUCCCCGGAACUGCUGCAGUCCCUUCUGAUCGAGAAACUGCCGGCCGACUUCCAAGGGCUCGUCGACGGAGACACCAUUUAUACGAGCUCCUUCUUGACAUCGAGGGAACUCGUUCUUCGCGCCGUUCUCGUUGCCAUCACAAAGUAUGCGAUUUUUUGCACAAAAAAAGCGACAAAGUUCGAGGCAACUCAAUCGCCAAUCGUUUAGAGUCACCCCGAUAUCGUACAUCCAAAAACGUGUGGGCCUGACGCCAAAACGCUUCUGGAUCGCCUUCGAACACCUGCAAACGAUCGGAGAAGUGCCCGGCUAUAUCGUCGGUUCGCGCACCUCGCCCGCCUGUUCGUACCGCCCCAAAAUGUACGAUUUUCUCGUCAAAUCGUGCGUUCUCAACCAAUUCCGCCAAAACGAAUACCUUCGUGAGUUGUUUGUCGAAUUGUUUGAGCACAAAACCAUUUUGCAGAAAUUUCGACGCUCAAAACGUUGGGAGUGGAGGCGAAAGCGUCGCUCGAAGAGAUUCUGGGAGCCGGAGAAGUGAAACAGCUGACGAAUUUGGGAUCGAUGUACGUGACGAAGGGGCUGUUGGAGCAGUGUGUGCAGGCUGUGCAGGGUGAGGAGCUAGCGAAAAAUCUGAUUUUUGAAUGUAUAAUUUUCUAAUUUUUGCAGAAGACCUACAAAAAUCGGGAAUCUCUGAGGUGCGACUCGCCCUCCAACCACUGGGACUGCCUCUGGACACGUCGGACGAGGAUGCGAUCGGCGAGAGAGUGGCGGACGCGGAGAAAGAGGCGAACUUUGCCGAAGGAUUCGUGUUCCGAGCGGCCAUCCUCACAGAAGCACUCAAAUCGAUCGAUGCGCAGAUUGAGAAAAGAGCGCAUUCGGAAGUGGAUCGACUUGAAAAAGAGAAGAAACAGGGCGGAGGUGCCGGGAAACAGACGGCAAAAGCAACCGAAGAGGUGGGGGUUUACAGACAUUUAAAAAUCUAUCAAUUUUUACAGACCGACGACUGGGGAGACAUCAAAAAAGGCGGAAAAGGUGGAAAGAAGGGUGGAAAAGGCGGUGCGAAAGGGAAAACAUCUUCUGCCGCCCCCGCCACGUCAUCCACCGCGUCGGGAGCCAUCCACGUGUCGGAAGAAGAGCUGGGAGGAUGGCUCCGUGAGAGCAAGAGCGUUCCCGAAGAGAUCCUGCCGGUUGCCGUCGAGAAAUUGACGAAUGAGGCGACGACGGCGCUCCGCAAGAAGAUCCAGGAGAUCCAGGCUCUGCAGCUGGCCUCCAGUGCCGCCAGCUCGAAAAAGAGUCUCGUGGCGAUGGGCGACAAGUGCCGACAGCUCUACGACUCGUUCAACACCUUCGAAGCAGCGACCACCUCGUUUGCCGGUCAGUUUUCAGAAAACAUUUCUGGAAAUAAGGCUGAACAUGCUUGUUUUCAGACCCGCUCGGCUCGGACCUCCGCCAAUACCUGCUCAAAUCGGUGGGCUCCGAACUCGCCCUCGCCCUGCUCUCUUAUGCCACCGGCGUCGAUAACGCCCAUCAAUUGAAAGAAAAGCAGCGGGACGAGACGAUCGAAUCGCUGCCGGAAGUGCUUCGCGAGCCUCUCCGCGCCCUCUUCGCCUCGCUCAAAUCAACGGACGACGGAGCGCUCGACGCGUUCCACGAUGCCAUCCACGACUGCUCGGUCCCCUCAGCCACCUCGCUCGCUCUCCGCAAAACGGACAAGAAGGGAAGGGCGGAGAUCGGAGCGAUCGUGUGCACGGAGCUCCGCAAGCAGCUGGAGAAGCAAGAGGAACCGGCCACCGCACUUCUCGUAGCCGUUCUGUACCUUCUCGCUCAGUCCGGACGCCCGACUACUGCCAGCGGACGAUUUGUGGCACAACUCGUCGCGCAGAUCAAGGAUUCGUGCUCGGAUGUACGGGAAAUCUUUUGGCUUAUUAAAAAUCAUUUUUCAUUUUCAGACGGUGUUCGAAUUGCUGCAAUCGUGCCAGAAAGGAGUGGUGACUUGCAUCAAGAACAAGGACGACGAAGUGGCGAAGGAACUGCUCCGUGAGGACAUUGCCAAGCUCAAGACGGCUGUUCUUCAGUGA